AUGGCGUGCAGCCCUAGCUCACACAGAGAUGAAGACAGCUUGGGUUUAAUGAAACUUAUUUACGAGCCCAAGGGCAUCCUGCCAUACCUCGACAUCGUUCUCGUCCACGGUUUAGGUUGGACAAGUACGGACACAUGGACGAAAGAGGGUCCACAGCCAUCUUUCUGGCCCGACUGGUUGCGUGAUAAAGGCCCGCUUCGGAUGGCACGAGUCUGGCUGAUGGGAUACCGUGCGGCAGAUUUUAAUCACAACCUCCUGCAACAGCCUCAUGUCGCAAUUGACCGAUUUGUGAGGCGUUUAUGGGAUAGACUGGCAAAGAAUUCCACGCAGAAAACCUCUCCUGAAAUGCAGAUCCCUGUUGUCUUCGUGGCCCACUCGACAGGCGGUAUCAUGGUUAAACAGGCUUACCUCUUUGAUACCAGAAGCGACCCACGAUCAACUUGUGCCGUUCUGUUCUUGGCAACCCCCCACAAGGCUGCUGCGGUACGGCUCUCACUUGCGUGGAGUCAGGAGCAGGGCCGGUGGCAGGCGGAACCUACCUUUGAGCAGAUGUCGUGGGCGCUCGACAAUAUUAACGGCCGGUUUGUUCGAACCGAGGGGGACGGACUGCAUAUUGCAUCAUUCUCCGAAGGACUACCGACAAAGAAUGGAUUUAUCGUCGACAAAACGUCGUCACACUUGGGCUUCCCUAGAGAGAUAGUGGAAUCUAUUGACGCAGACCACGACAACAUUGCGCGGUAUUCAGACCCCAAUGACCCAGGGUUCACCAAAGUUUCGCGACAGUUGCAGCUCUUUCUACACUGGCUGGGUCCGUUCAAACGCCGCGUCUGGAGUUUAGACUCAAAAGAAAAGACCAACCUGCUCCACAGAUUCCUCGGUGUGAAUGACGCUCCAUACGACGAUCUUGCGUUCUUCUACAAUCAAUGUAGUCCCGGAACAACCGAAUGGAUCGAGUCGGACCCGCAGUAUCUCGACUGGGUAGAAGACCUUUCGCCGCACCCACGCAUAUUGUUCCUGUCCGGGCUUCCUGGAUCUGGCAAGUCGGUCCUGGCUUCAUAUAUCGUGCGACGCCUGAAGGACGAGGAUAUGGCCUGCCACUUUUUCUUCUUCCGACAUGAUGUUCAAUCAAAGCAAUCAAUUGUUUCACUCCUCGGGUCCCUUGCAUUUCAAAUGGCUGAAGAAAUUGAGCUAUUUCGUAGCUAUAUGGUGGCACAUGCCACUGGUGGCUACAGCCUUAGCUACGACACAGAAGACUUAAUCUGGAACAAGCUAUUUGCCAACGAACUGUCAAACUUACUGCCUGAUCGUGAAUUUCCAAUAUACUGGAUCAUUGAUGGCCUGGAUAUGUGCGACUCUGGGGAGAUCUUUCUUUCGGGAUUAACUCACCCAUCCCUGUCGUCCAUUCCUCUUCGGGUCCUGAUCACUAGUCGAACGACGUCAACUCUACCCCGCACAUGCGACCAACUAGGGGCCCCUAUACGGCUGAACAUGGAGCAGAAAGAUGCAAAAAGAGAAGCUACCCGAUCUUUGAUAAGGGCGAAGCUGAAGGAGAUCCCCACACACCUGAUAGACCAGGCUGUAUACAACGCACAAGGAAACUACCUUGAGGCUGACAGAGUCAUUCGAGAAGUUCUCCGCCACGGUAAUAGGCCGCCCACGGUGGGCGACGUAAAGAUGAGCCAGCUGGAUCCCAAACGAUACUGGGUGGAGAUUGUGUCCGAUAUGAGAGCUGCCUGGGGAAUCGGUGAAGAAAACCGUGCGAAAGGCAUCUUGACGUUAGUUGCGUACGCCAGGUCUCCUCUUACGGUCGAGCAACUUCACGAGGCUACUUCGUCUUAUGGGUCCAGCGAUCUUGACCAGCGUGAUCUGCUCGAACAUUAUGGAGCGCUGCUCCACGUCGAUGGGCAGUCUCGUGUCACAAUAAGACACCGAACCGCUUGGGAAUUCCUGACCGACACAGACGACCAUAGCCUGUGCCACGAGCCCCUCGAGGGCCACGGGAUUCUUCUCGCGGUCACCCUAAAGGCUAUGACUAGAAUAGGCACCGGUAUUCCCGACGGCCUCUCGCAGACAGACCCAUGGACCGAAUAUGCCAUUACGUCCUGGGAAUACCAUCUUUCCCGCUCCGCAGCGCAUCGAGACGGCAAGUUGCUGUCACUGCUGGGGCACUUCCUUGACGGUCCUGGGGUGAUUUGGUGGAUGUACAUGCUUGCGAGAUCUAACCAACUAAAUCUCCUUAUGGACGCAUCAGCCACUUUGACCGCUGUGCACCGGCGAAGAUAUAUGGUGUCACCAAAACACCAUGUGGACAGUAUAUUGCGGCCCUGGGCCACUGAGCUAGUCAGGAUCCUCGGGAGAUUUGGAUCCCAUUUACUGAGGCAGCCUCGGGCCCUCUACGAAGUGGUGCCGCAAUUCUGCCCCGCGGUGUCGUUGGUACGGAAGCAGCUCGCGGGUCCAAGCACGUCAUCACGAAUCACCGUGAAAGGCGUUCCAAACGAAGUCUGGGACGACACGCUGGCAAGGAUUCCCGUCGAUAAUCCGUCAAGGGUUAUUUGCACGAAUCAAUACGUUGCCGUGUCCUCCUCUGGAAAGAGCAGGGUCCAACUAGUCUCAACUGCGAAUCCGUGUGAGAUGAGGAUCAUCGACCACGAAGGGAGAGUGAAUCGGAUGCGAUUUAGCAACUCAGGUCAUAUGCUGGCCCUUGCUAGUAUUCGAACCAUCAGCGUCUGGCAGAUCGAUAUCUGGCUUCGACGCUGGAAUUUUACUGCCCCAGCCGCUGCUCCUAUGCUCGAUAUGGCGUUUGAUGGAGGUGACGAUGCAGUGUUGGCCUGUUUCCGGGACGGCAGCGUGUGGCGAUACCCGUUGGACGAUUUCGCAGCCAGCAGUCGCUGCCUCGGGUCCGUUCUUGCCGUGGGUCACGACGGAAAUAGCAGCGCUCCCAGCUUCGCUGCAUUCAAUCAAAGCGCCACGAUGCUCGCGGUCGCGUAUCACAACUGCCCUAUGUCCGUGUGGGAUGUGUCAAGCGGUGGUCUACAUGGGCCCCGGUCGCGGUCCGGUAAACCUGGUCAAGAAAGAGCACAAGAUCCCGUGCAGCAGAUUGACUGGACUCCAACCCCAUAUCAUGUUCUUUCCAUCAGUGGAGGCUCCGCCCGCAUGUGGGAUCCCGACCGCCAGGUCGAGCGUCACAUAUGCAACGAACGUCCCAGAGAAAUUCGCUGCAGCCCCACAAGGAGAUUUUUCGUCACUUCACACGAUGAUGGCGUCUUGGCCGUCUGGAAGAUAACCGACCUUGCCAGGGUAUAUGUUUUGAAAUACUACAAUUCCCUGAACGGCUUGGCUCUCUGUCCUUACGGACGCAAUAUUUAUGCACUUCGGGGGAACUCUUGUGACGUUUUGAACCUUAGCUUCCCCCUGGACUCACCUCUUCAUGAUGACCAGAGGCACGCUGCUGAGACACAUCUUGACACCUCCCAGGAAGUCAUGUCAUCAAGAACGUGUUCAUUCGCUGAGCCACGUGCCCCGGUAGAAGUCCUCGCAGUCGCCAACCCCAGCGCCAUGUUCUGCACUGCCCAUUCCCGCGGAGGCUUGAAGAUAUUUGAAGCUAACGGAAACGAGCUGCUCACACAUUAUCCCCCGUACUCGGUCACCAUCCAGCAUGCGGUUUGGAGCCGGAGUGGGGAGUAUCUCGGAUUUACGGAUGAUAUGGACCAGUUACAUGUUCACAAAAUCGCUCGCCAUGAUUUGCACUGGUCAGCCAGUUUCCAGACGCAGUUGGUCGAAUCUGCCUGCCAAAUCCUGUUUCACGAGACCAAGGAUUCUAUCUUGAUUGCCUCUUCACACUCUCUCCGCUCCUGGUCCUUCAAACAGCCGUCCCCACCUUCUUCCAGUGUCAGUUUUGCGGAAUCUUACUGGUGGUUGAAUCACCCCCAUCAACCCGACCUACUUCUUGGACUUCAUUCUAAAGGUAUUCACCUGUUAAAAUGGGAUACUUUGGAGCCUGUGACACACCUCACCUUCUGCUUUCCUGAGAAUUCUCAAGCCCUUAGAACGAACAAAACCAGCUUCGUCGAGCCUCCAACUCAGGAAACCGCGCCAUGUCGACCUGCUAGAACGUUUACUUCAAGCGAUGGGUCAAGGAUACUCAUGCAAACCUCGCUGACGGACGGGAGGGAUCUUGAUUUGUUCUUCGUUGACGUGGGGGCUGUCGAUGCUGCUUGCCGAGCUCGUCAAGAGCAAGUCGUCGUGACGAGGUAUCCUAGAAUGAUCUUGGAUAGAAUCAGUCGACCUCUUGGAUUCAUAAAGGGAUCGGGCAAAGGAGACACAGAAGCGCCACGAUCCAAGGAUGUUCUCGCUUUUCUCGACAAAGCCGGGUGGUUUUGCACCUUCGACCCCGAGGGAGGACUUUCCGAAUAUUCAACAUUCUUGCCUCAUGACUGGAUGGAACAAGACUGUUUGAGUCUCGCUUGUCUGACAUACGAUGGAACCCUCUACGUACCAAAAGAUGGGCUGGUCGGAAUUAUUGCACACGGCUUUGAAAAAGUCUUGGGCAUCCAGAGUGCGGAGUGA